GGCGCAAGGAACUCCCAGACCUCAAAACGCAUACAUUUAAUUUCGCCAAAAGGGAUAUAUCUGCUAAAUUGAGAUGCACUGAACAUCGACAAUCUCCUACCGUCGCAACUAUAGAAACUACUUCUUCAUCAGACAACCCCUUUAUUACGCAAGAUUUUAAUGAUGUUCCAUCCUUUAAUGAUAAUUUUGUUGAACAAGAUCAAACGUCCUAUAUGCCGGAUAAAGAAAUGUAUCAAUCAACAAAUGUAUGUUCAACCACAAUAUCCAGCCCGGUUGUAAUUUACCAACUGUCCGGGAUAAAGAUGCAGCAAGAUACGACGACGGCACAAUUCGAAUUAGUGUCAUAUUUUGUUAAAACCACGGUUUGGCAUUCUACUUCCUACGCAGUGAGCUAUCAACUAACGUAA